AUGAAUCGUAGUAUGGUUCCAAGACGCAACAUUGGGUUUGGGUUUGUUAAAGUGAUGGGUAAAGCUGUUCGGGUCCCCGCUUAUAUUGGGGGAACCGUUGCUGCUGGUGGUUCAUGGCUUGCUUAUAAGAUGGAACAGGCACAAAGCUUUACUCAAGAUAAGUUUGAUCAAUUCAAAGAUAUGGCUGAUGGUGUAGGUGAUUUCUUCAAGUCGUUUGGAGGUAGUGGUGGCAGUGGUGGUGGCAGUGGUGGUGGCGAAGAUGGUACCGCUAAGGCCAUGGGUGCCACUGCUGCAGCUGCUAUUGCUGGUGAUGAAGAUGAUGAAGAUGUCAACGAUGACAAUGACAAUGAAGAUGAAGACGAAGAAGCUUUGAUAGAAGAAGAUGAAGAUGAAGAAUUUGAUCCCAAUGAUAUAGAAACAGAAACAGAAAUGUUAAACUUGACAAGACAAAUGAUUGAAAUCCGUAACUUGUUAAUCAACAUCAACCAUGAUACAAUAAAGUUGCCAUCCAUAGUCGUUAUUGGAUCUCAAUCAAGUGGUAAGUCCUCAGUCUUGGAAAGCAUUGUUGGUCAAGAAUUUUUACCAAAGGGAAACAAUAUGGUAACUAGAAGACCAAUUGAAUUAACAUUGGUUAACACACCAGAAUCAGCAGCUGAUAUGGCAGAGUUUCCUGCUUUAAAGAUGUUCAACUUGACUGAUUUCCAACAAGUUCAGAAGGUAUUAUACGAUUUGAAUAUGGCAGUAUCACCUUCUGAAUGUAUUUCCAAUGAUCCUAUUCAAAUUACAAUCAAGUCGCCCAGAGUACCCGAUUUAUCACUUGUUGAUUUACCAGGUUAUAUUCAAGUGGAAGCCGCCGAUCAACCUCCAGAGUUAAAAACAAAAAUUAGAGAUUUAUGUGAUCGUUACUUGAGUGAACCCAAUAUCAUCUUGGCUAUAUCUGCAGCUGAUGUUGACUUAGCUAACUCUGCAGCUUUAAGAGCCUCAAGAGCUGCAGAUCCUCGUGGUGAAAGAACAAUAGGUGUUGUUACAAAGCUUGAUCUUGUUGAUCCAGAAAGAGCAAGAACUAUAUUGUUGAAUAGAAAGUAUCCAUUGAAAAUGGGAUAUGUUGGUGUUAUUACAAAAGUGCCUUCACCUUCACUGCCCAAGUCUUUAGUUUCAACCUUUGCUUCAAGAAACAAAUUAACCGGUUAUCAAGCUUACGUUGCUCAACAAAACUUUGAACAUAACUAUUUCAAAGAUAAUAAGUCUGAGUUUGUUGGAACAACCACUGGACUGAAGAACUUGAAGAAGAAAUUGAUGAAGGUUUUGGAAAAGUCUAUGGCUAAUUCCUUGAGACCUACACAUUAUGCAGUUCAACAAGAAUUGGAAGAAACAAGUUACAAAUUCAAGGUUGAAUUUAAUGAUCGUCCAUUAACUCCUGAAACUUAUUUGGCAAGUAAUAUUGAUAUGUUGAAAUUGGCAACGAAGGAAUUAAGUCAUAAAUUUUCAAGAAAGGAAUUAAAAUCAUUGUUGAAGAAUGAAUUGGAUCAAAAAGUUCUAGAACUUUUGGCAGAAAGAUAUUGGAAUAAGCCUGUUGGUCUUGGAACUGAUUUUACAAUAAUUGAACCAAAUUUAAAAGAAUUAUCCCAAAUUACUAAUAUUGAUGACGAUAUUUAUUGGCAUAAGAAAUUAGAUUUGGCAUCCAGUUCUUUAACAAAGUUGGGAGUUGGUAGGUUAUCUACAAGUUUAAUUACCAAUGCUUUACUUCAAGAAGUUGAAAAUUUGGUUGAUGGAACUCAACUUCGUAAUCAUCCAAUGGCUCGUAAAGCUGUUAAGGAAGCUGCUCAAUCGGUGUUAGCAGGUAAAUAUUAUUCUACUGCUGAUCAAGUUGAAAACUGUAUUAAACCAUUCAAAUAUGAAAUUGAAAUAGAGGAUAGAGAAUGGGCAGCCUCAAAAGAGGAUACCACAUUAUUGCUCAAAGAGGAAAUCAGACAAUGUGAUGAUGCAUUUAACUUGUUGAAGAAACAAAUUGGUGGUAAGAAAUUAAAACUGGUGAUGUCAUAUUUGGAGAAGUUGAAUAAAGUUCAAAAUGACCAACAAGCUUUAAGCAUGGACUCCAAUGAAGCCCUUGGAUUUUCAUCUAGUUUAAUUCACAAGGGUCAAUUGGGACUAUUUUUAAAGGAUAGGGCAUCACUUUUGAAGAUGCGAUACCUGUUUGUUAAGAACUCCAAGAAAUGUAAAAAGCAAGAGAAUAAGUACCAAUGUCCCGAAGUUUUCAUGGAUGUUGUUACCAAUAAGUUGACUAAUACUGCCAUAUUAUUUUUAAAUGUUGAGUUAUUGAGUGAUUUUUACUAUAAUUUCCCAAGAGAAUUAGAUGUCAAGUUUUUCCAAAACCUUACCAAAGAUGAAAUUGAUGCAUUUGCUAAAGAAGAUCCCAAAAUUAAGAAACAUAUUGAAUUACAAGAGAGAAAGGAUUUAUUGGAGAAUGCGUUAAGCAAGAUUGAAAGUAUAUUGGCGGUUCAAAGAACCAAAGGAGCUUCUCCAAGCCCUGUUACCAAACAUCCAACGGGAUUAUUCUCGUGGAAGUAG